CAAACCACCUGGAAAGUAACUCAGACACAAUGGCCCAGAUUAGUGGUGCAGCUGUCAUGUUUCUGCUGCUUCUGACAGUCAGUUUGUUCUGUCAAGACACUGCUGCUUGGGCAUGUUGCAGGCGAUAUUCUAAAGGACAGCUCCCUGUUCAUUUAAUCAGGGGAUAUUCAAUCCAGACCAUCCAUGCAAUCUGCAACAUCAAUGCUAUUAUUUUCCACACAUAUGGAGGCAGAAAAAUGUGUGCUGAUCCAACUCAACCCUGGGUGACAGACAGCAUCCAGAAACUAACGAAAAGAGUGUGGGCCCUGAAGAAGCAGAAGAAAGAGAAGCUGAUAUUGAAUUAAGAUUUAUUAAGAUCAGUACAUUGAAGAUUCAGUACAUAAAAUCUAAUUUAUUAUUUUUUCAUUAGUUUGUGUUUGUUAAACUGAUUUCUGUGUUCUGAAAGCAUAGUCAAUGAGGAAGUGCUAUUCGUAUAAACACCGAUUUUUCCCAUCGUUAAAAAAACAUGAAAUAGCCUCCUAACAUACACCUAUAUAUGCCUACACAUCAUUAUAAAUAUUAAUUAAAUUGUUGUGAAUGCACCAUCAAUUGCUUAACAUGAUCCGUCUGACCUUUACAGGCCACUAAAAUGGCUUCCUCUUUUGUCACAGAAAAGAGAACAUGUGCAUUUGGAAAUUUUUAAAUACUUUAUAGAUCAGAAUAAUAACAGGGCAGUGGUAGCUCAGUGGUUAAGACAUUGGACAACUGAUUGGAAAAAAGGUUCAAAUCCCAGCACUGCCAAGCUGCUACUUGAGCAAGGCCCUUAACUCUCAACUGCU